AUGUUGCUGCGUUUUUCAUACCACCAGAUUUUUCUGUUCAUCCUGGAGCUGUUCCAGAUGUUUGAAAUCAAUCGCGUGGUCGUGGUUCCCGUUGCUCCUCUUUUGACCGCCAUACUGGCCUUAGUCGGUAUGGAAGCCAUAAUGGCCGAGUUCUUCAACGAUACGAGCACUGCGUUUUAUGUGAUAUUGCUGCUGUGGCUUGCUGAUCAAUACGAUGCUGUUUGCUGUCGUUCAUCGAUCAGUAAGAGAUUCUGGCCAAGGUUUUUCUUCCUGUAUAAUUUCGCAUUUUACGCGUACCACUAUCGGUUCAACGGCCAGUACAGCGGAUUGGCGCUGUUUACGUCGUGGUUAUUCAUUCAGCAUUGCAUGCUCUACUUUUUUCACCACUACGAACUGCCGCUGAUCCUACAGCAUGAAGAGGUACAGCAGAUUAUUACCAAUCUUCAAACCAAUCCGUCGCUCUUUACCGAAAAUGCCGCGGCACAGCCCUCCACCAGCGAAUCCAGCUCAUUGACUGAUGAUCUGGCUUUGUCACCAGAGAAUAGGACAUCACCUAGGCGUUGA